AUGCAUGAUUGUGACAAAAAUUACAACCUAAAUUUGUCACUCCGUUCUAGUUUGUUUGAAGAUUCCACUGAAAGUACCACUACCACCACACAUAGCAUUGAAGAUGAAACAUCACAAACAAAACAUGAUAUUUUUUUAUUAAAACAAAUAAUAAAAAUGCAAAAUGAUAUGAUGAAUGAGUAUGAAAAAAGUAUAGAAAAUCUUAAUAAAAAUUCUCCUCGAUCAAGUGCUGAAAGUAUCAACUCUGAGUGUUACCUUGAAUUGGAGAAGAAAAUUGAACAAUUAAGAAAUGAAAACAAUAGACUUGUUUUAGAAUGCCAAAAAAAUAAUAAUUUAUUGGUUGAAGAUAUUGAAAAUGAAAAAAUUUAUGUAUCAAAAAAUGUUUAUGAAGAUUUGAUAAUUGAACGAAAACAUUUAAAAAGUCAAUAUGAUGUGUAUAAAGAAUUAUUUGAAUCUAGUGAAGCACAUGUUUUUAAACUUGAAGAUAUGAUAGAAAAUUUAAAAGAAGAAAAUAAAGAAUUAUUAAGUGAGAUAGGAAAAUUAAAUUUUGGAAUAGAAAAAUUAAAAGAAGAAAAUGAUACAUGUCGUAUAGAAUUUGAUGAUCUCAUUCAAAAAUUAACUAAAAAAAAGGAAGAGGAGGCAAAUUAUUAUGAGAUAAAAAUUCAACAAUUAGUGGAAGAUAAGAAACAAGCAUUUAAUGAUAUUGAAUCAUUAACAACAACAAUAGAAUUAAUGAAAAGAAACAUAAAUAAUAAAUGUCCUGUUGACAGGAUGAAUAAUAAUAUAAAUUAUUUUGAAACAUUAAAUGGUAUGUCAAAAUUAAUAGAAGAUUUAGAGGAAAAAUUUUUCUCAGUCAUUAAUUUAAUCAAUAUUUAUGAAAAUUAUUCACAAUCUUUUGAGAAGCAAACAUUUUUAUGCAAAGAAAAUGAAAAAAUUUUCCAUGAAACUAUUAGUAGUACAAAACAUUUAUUACCAUCAAACAUAAAUGUAAAAAGUUUGUGUGAAGAAAUUAAUGAAAUUAAAUGCAAAGAAAUUUAUAAUUAUAAUGUUUUAUCAUCCUCACAACAAUUAACUUUAGUUGAAAGCUUUAUUUGUCUUGCCAUAUGCCUUUUGAUAUACGAGUUUUACCUUUUAAUUAUAUCUUUUUUUUGA